AUGUAUGAUAUGCCCUUUGCUCCAUUUAUUGGGAUCAACAAGCAUGGGCAGUCGUUCCUGAUGGGGUGUGGCUUCAUAAGAGAUGAAAAAACCCCUAGCUAUGUGUGGCUGUUUGAAACAUUCCUAGAAGCAAUGCAGGGCAAAGUGCCUGUGAGCAUAAUAACUAACCAAGAUGGUGCUAUGAGGUGUGCAAUCGCGCAGACAUUUCCAAAUACAAAUCACAGGAACUGUCGGUGGCACAUAAUGGACAAAUUUACUGGAACAAUAGGCCCUAUCCUUGAUAAAGAUGAAAAACUGGAAGAUGACUUCAAGGAAUGCAUGAACUACACUGUUAGUCCAGAUGAAUUUGAAGCAAAGUGGCAGUACCAAAAGAUUCAAGACAAGUGUUUGGUGGCUCAAGAUGGGCAGGACUUCAGAACUGAUGAUAAGGAGAGGAGAAGGUGGUCUAGAUACCCAAUUGAGAAACACGCGUCAACUGUGUACACUAAGAACCUAUUCUACAGAUUCUCAAAAGAAUUUGAGAAAACUGCUGAAUAUGAUGUGACGCAUGAAGGCCAGUUCCAAUAUUUGCUUGUGCCGAACAACAAUUUUGUCUACGGCUAUGGAAAAAGGACAUAUCUUGUGACAACCGUGGUGGUGGAAGAAAGUUACUACUGUGAGUGCAGCAAGUUUGAUAGGGAUGGGAUGCUUUGUUGCCAUAUAAUGAAGAUCUUAACAAGAUUGGGAGUGAAGAAUAUACCACAGCGCUACAUAUUGAAGAGAUGGACGCAAGAAGCAAUUCAAGGGGGUAAGAAUGCUGAGCCUAAUGCACAUGUGCCUGCUGAAUUCAUAGCCCGUGGCAUGCCCCUCAACACCAAAAGGACUUUGUGGUUCACCAAUCUAUCUACAGCUUUUGCAAGUUUAGCAGUUGAGGGGUGUGUUUCGAAGGAGACCUACACUGUUAUGGACAAUCACAUAAAGUUGAUGCAAGCUGAAAUUGCUGAGAUCAAAUAG